AUGCUGUUCGAGUCUAGACGAUUAAAACAGGAUGCAUCAGGCUGGCGCCGAGGUGUCAAAGAUGUGCUUUACCUAUCGAUUGGUUCCAACCAUUUUCCUAGUGCAAAUUCGCUCUUUUCCGUCCGCCACUAUGUUCAGAUAAUCCAGUACUUUUUUCUCCUCUUCGAAGACGAGGACGAUGUUGUCGGCACAUUCCAAAUCGACAAGCUCAGCAGCUAUUUGAAUACCAGUGAAAGGAAGAAAACCUUCGCUGCGGAGUUAUCUAUUCGGCAAAUGCCAACUGACCGGUUACAGACCAUUGAACAAGGAAGCAAAACUCUAAUCUGCAUCUUAGUUACAAAACCUGGACACAGAUCUUCUCCCGAACGAGUCUUCCUGGAGAUUCAUUGCCUCCAAUCAUUCGUCGGUCAAAUAAAAGCAAAUGUUACAAAGUGGCCCCGCGAAUUCCGCAACAGAAUUCCACUUUUCAAUCGACACAAAGCGAAAUUCUACGAACAACACAUACUAAUCGCGUGCCUCCCGAUCGGUAGUAUCGCCGUUACACACCUCCACCCCUUAAAGCUCGUUCGCAUGCCAUCGAUUUUCAUUUACCUCCGUCAGGUCGGCUUCGGC